AGGUGUACAAAUGACCAUAUAUCGCAUGAAUUUGAAAAUUUCAUAAUGGCUUGGAAGACCCAUCAUGUGAUAUGUCAUGAGAUAUCUCUCUAGCAUUGAAUCUCAUCUUCUCUUAUUGUUUCUAUCUCUGAGUAGUAACCUAAACGUUUCCUCUAUAUAAAGGCCACGUUACAUGGAUUCACAAGUAACAAGAGUUUGGUAUUCCUUUUAGUGUCCCAUAUUUGGAAUCUAUUACGACAUGGGUUUCCGCUUGCCUAGAAUUGUUACUGGCACUGUUACGCAAAGUCUUCAGCGUUCUUCAUCAACAAGAAAUGGAGCAUCUCCAAGAGCUAAUGAUGUUCCUAAGGGCUACUUUGCUGUUUAUAUUGGUGAGGAACACAAGAAGCGUUUUGUCAUCCCACUAUCUUACUUGAACCAGCCUUCUUUCCAAGAUUUGUUGAGUCAAGCAGAAGAAGAAUUUGGAUAUAAUCAUCCAAUGGGUGGCAUCACAAUUCCUUGCAAUGAAGUCUACUUCCUCGAUCUCACUCGGAGUUUGAAUGACUCAUGAAAGGGAAUUAGUAUCUAGAAAUAGACAGUAUAUACAAAGGAUUAGAAAAAUACAAAAUGUAGACUCUGUACAUUUUUUAAAUGAAAAACUUGAUUCUUUAUGAAGUUUAUAUCCUCUUUUGUUAA